AUGGUGGAUCAGCUGGAGAACCCCAGCAUCUCCGACAUCUACAUCAGUGGGGAGCUGGGGGAUAUGUCAGCCAAGGAGAAGCUGCUUCUGUGGACGCAAAAGGUGACAGCAGGUUACAUUGGGGUGAAGUGCACCAACUUCUCAUCAUGCUGGAGCGAUGGGAAGAUGUUCAACGCGCUCAUCCACAGAUACAGGCCAGAUCUGGUGGACAUGGAGAGGGUGCAGAUCCAGAGCAACCGGGAGAACCUGGAACAGGCCUUCGAGAUCGCCGAGCGGCUGGGGGUCACACGGCUGCUGGAUGCUGAAGAUGUGGACGUCCCCUCUCCGGAUGAGAAAUCCGUCAUAACUUAUGUGUCUUCAAUCUACGAUGCCUUUCCCAAAGUCCCUGAGGGAGGAGAAGGGAUCAGCGCUAUCGAGGUGGAUUCGAGGUGGCUGGAGUACCAGAGCCGUGUAGAGUCCCUCAUCUCAUGGAUCAAGCAGCACACGAUACUCAUGUCAGACAAAUCCUUCCCCCAGAACCCUGUAGAGCUAAAGGCACUUUAUAACCAGUACAUACACUUCAAAGAAACUGAAAUCCCAACGAAAGAGCAGGAAAAAGGAAGGAUAGAGGAGCUCUACAAACUCCUAGAGGUAUGGAUUGAAUUUGGACGAAUCAAGUUGCCCCAGGGCUACCACCCCAACGAUGUGGAGGAGGAGUGGGGCAAACUCAUCAUAGAGAUGCUGGAGCGUGAGAAACUCCUGCGACCAGCGGUGGAGAGGCUGGAACUGCUGCUACAAAUUGCUAACAAAAUCCAGAAUGGUGCUUUGAGCUGUGAAGAAAAACUCACUUUGGCUAAGAACACGCUACAGGCUGAUGCUGCUCACCUGGAGUCAGGUCAGCCGGUGCAGUACGAGUCCGACGUGGUGGUGUACCUGCAGGAGUGUGAGGGACUCAUCCGCCAGCUCCAGGUGGAUGUGCAGAUCCUUCGGGAUGAGAAUUACUACCAGCUGGAGGAGCUGGGGUUCAGGAUCAUGCGGCUGCAAGAUGAGCUGGUGACACUGAGGCUGGAAUGCACUAACCUGUACAGGAAAGGUCACUUCUCCACCCUGGAGCUGGUGCCCACGUCCACACUGAGCACAACGCACUUGAAGGGCGAGUCCCUGACCAAGGGGCUGCACACCUCCUCGGCCUCCUGGUUCCGGAAACCCAUGACCAGGGCAGAGCUGGUGGCCAUCUCCUCCUCUGAAGAUGAAGGCAGCCUUCGUUUUGUGUAUGAGCUGCUGGCCUGGGUGGAGGAGAUGCAGAUGAGACUGGAGCGGGCAGAGUGGGGAACUGACCUGCCAAGUGUGGAAUCCCAGCUGGAGACCCAGAGGCACAUCCAUACCAGCGUGGAGGAGCUGGGAUCCAGUGUAAAGGAGGCCAGGAUGUAUGAGGGUAAAAUGUCUGCGAAUUUCCGCGCGAGCUACACAGAGACACUUGGCAAGCUGGAGACACAGUACUGCAAGCUGAUGGAAACCUCGAGCUUCCGUCUGAGACACCUCCAGAGCUUACACGGGUUUGUGUCUCGUGCCACUGCUGAGCUGAUUUGGCUGAAUGAGAAGGAGGAGGAGGAAUUGGCCUAUGACUGGAGUGACAACAACCCCAACAUUGCAGCCAAGAAGAAUUACUUCUCGGAGCUGACGGCAGAGCUGGAAGAGAAGCAGGACAUCUUCCGCUCCCUCCAGGACACAGCUGAGCUGCUGUCCCUGGAGAACCACCCAGCCAAGCAAACUGUAGAGGCAUACAGUGCUGCUGUGCAGACUCAGUGGCAGUGGAUUAAGCAGCUCUGCCUGUGUGUGGAACAGCACGUGAAGGAGAACGCUGCCUACUUUCAGUUCUUCAGCGACGCUCGGGAGUCGGAGACAUACCUGAGGAACCUGCAGGACUCCAUCAAAAGGAAGUAUUCUUGUGACCAUAACACGAGCCUGACGCGGCUGGAGGACCUGCUGCAGGACUCCAUGGAUGAGAAGGAGCAGCUCAUUCAGUCCAAGAGCUCUGUGGCCAGCCUGGUGGGACGAUCCAAAACCAUCGUUCAGCUCCGGCCCAGGAACCCAGAGCACCUCGUGAAGAGCACAAUCCCCAUCAAGGCUGUCUGUGACUAUCGGCAGAUCGAGAUCACCAUCUGCAGGAAUGACGAGUGUGUCCUGGAGGACAAUUCCCAGAGGACCAAGUGGAAGGUGAUAAGCCCCACAGGGAAUGAGGCCAUGGUGCCUUCUGUCUGCUUCCUGAUCCCCCCACCCAACAAAGAGGCCAUCGAGAUGGCCAGCAGGGUAGAACAGUUGUACCAGAAAGUGAUGGCUCUCUGGCACCAGCUCCACAUGAACACAAAGAGCCUCAUCUCCUGGAACUACCUGAGGAAGGACAUAGCUCUAGUGCAAAGCUUCAGCAUGGAAAAGCUCAGAUCCUUGGCUCAAGGGGAGUGCCAGCAAGCCCUGAAGAGCCUCGAGGCACACUACGAGGAUUUCCUGCAGGACAGUCGGGACUCAGAGCUCUUCUCCGUGUCGGACCGACUGCGCCUGGAGGAGGAAGUGGAGUCUUCCAAGGAACACAUCCGACAGCUGCUGGAGUCCAUGGAGAACGAAGACAAGGAUGAGACAGUUGCCAGGACGUAUCUCUCCGAGCUCAAGAACAUCCGCCUGCGUCUGGAGGAGUGUGAGCAGAGGCUCGUGAGCAGGAUCCAGUCCCCGAGCAGUGCCCGAGCAGAUGGUGACACUAUCCAGGAAAACACCAUCCGCAUUGCAGAGCAGGAGCGCAUGCAGGAGGAUCUGCAGCACCUGCAGUCAGACCUGCGGUUUGUGUCGGAGAGAUGCUACAGCUUCCUCAACAAGGCGCCCGCGGGGCCCAGCACGCCCCAGUUGCGUUCUGAGCUGGACUUGGUGGUCAACAAGAUGGACCAGACACAUGGGCUGUCUUCCAUCUACUUGGAGAAGUUGAAGACGGUUGAUAUCAUUAUCCGGAGCACCCAAGGAGCAGAAUCCCUGGUCAAAGGGUAUGAAGUGAAGCUGAGCCGGGUGCCUGCUGACCUGUCAGCCGUUCAGACUCACAGGGCAGCAUUACAGCAAUGGCUUGGGGAAGUGAAGGACAGGGGCUCUGUCUUUUCCAAAUUGGAGGAGGAGAUGGCAAAGGCAAAGGAAGUGGGAGAGCAGCUGUACCGGCUGCGCCAGGAGCGCAGCAUCGACCUGGAGCGCUACCAGGAGAAGAGCAGCCAGCUGUGGGACCGAUGGCAGCGCGUCUGCACCCAGAUUGAGACCCGGCACACGGAGCUGGAGAGCAUCCAGGAGGUGCUGAGUGAUUACCGACAGUGCCACAGUGCCCUGAUCCAGUGGAUCGAGGAGAUCACAGUCCAGCAGGAGCUGAUGAAGCCAGGGCAGGCAGAGGACAGCCGAGUGCUGUCAGAGCAGCUCAGCCAGCAAACGGCUUUGGCUGCCGAAAUUGAGAAAAAUCAAGCCAAACUGGACCAGUGUCAGAAAUUCUCCCAGCAAUACUCAGCUGCUGUCAAGGACUAUGAGUUGCAGCUGAUGACGUACAGAGCGUUCGUGGAGUCGCAGCAGAAAUCUCCCAUGAAACGCCGGCGAAUGCUCUCGUCCUCUGAUGCCAUCACACAGGAGUUCAUGGAUUUGAGGACUCGUUACACAGCUCUGGUGACCUUAACCACGCAGCACGUCAAGUACAUCAGCGAUGCGCUGCGGCGGCUGGAGGAGGAGGAGAAAGUGGUGGAGGAGGAGAAGCAGGAGCAUGUGGACAAGGUGAAGGAGCUCCUGGGCUGGGCCCUGGGCUUGAAGCAGAGUGUGCAAGGCAGGACAGCUGGUGCUGGGAGCAGAGAGCUGGGUGACAUUGAGAAAUCCAUCUCAGAGCAGCAGGCCCUGAAUGAGGAGCUGAGUGCAAAGAAGGAGCAGGUCUCUGAGGCCAUCAAAACUUCCCAAAUCUUCCUGGCAAAACACAGCCACAAGCUUUCCCAACCAGAAAAGGAUCAGAUUUCUGCUCAGAUUGGUGCUUUGAAGGAGACCUACCAGGCUCUCUGCAGCAACUCCACGGAGCAGCUCCAGCAGCUCCAGAGCCAACUGGCUCAGGAGACAGAGCACAAGACACUGCAGGAGCAGCAGGCAGCUCGGGCACAGAGCCUGGCUGAGCUGAGCCGCUGGCUGGGCCAGGCAGAGGACACACUGGCAGAGCAGCAGAGAGCAGAAGGAGACCUGUCUGCUUUGCAGCAGAGGCAAAGUGAUGUCAAGGAGCUGCAGAGGAACAUGCACACUCGAGCUGCCUCCUUCGCCAGCGUCCUGAAGAGCACUGAGGAGUUUCUGGAGGAGAACAAGGCCAAGAUGGAGCCUGGGGAGCUGGCAGCUCUGCAGGAGAAACUCCAGCGUGCCAAGGAGCAGUACCAGUCCCUGCAGGAGAGGACAGAGGUAGCCCAGAAGGAGCUGGAGAGUGCUGUGAGUGCUGCAGUGCAGCAGGAGACUGAGAAGGUGAAAGCUGCCAAAGAGCUGGAGGAGAACAGCAAUAAGAUCGAUUCCCUUCUAAACUGGAUGGCAUUGCUGGAGCAGAAGGGAGAGCUCCCAGAGUACAGACCUCACCUCACCAUGCAAGGGACAGGGACACGAGCAGGGACAGGCACUCAGGACAUCCCUGACAGCCACACUGUGGGAGCAGACAGUGCUGCUGAGAGCCUGGAUGAGCAGUAUGAGAGGCUGAAGGCCCAGCACCAGGAGCUGCUGUCCCAGCAGCAGGAUGUCAUCCUGGCCACACAGUCAGCACAAGCUUUCCUGGACAAGCAUGGCCAGAGCCUGGCUGGGGAGGAGCGGGAGCGGCUGCAGGCGCAGCUGGCAGAGCUGAAGGAGCAGUACUCAGCAUCCCUCUCACGGUCAGAAAUGCAGCUGAAGCAGGUGCAGCUCCUUCGGGAUGAGCUGCAGAAGUUCCUGAGGGAUCAUGGGGAGUUUGAGGCUUGGCUGCAGCAGGCAGAGCAGGACCUGGAGGGGAUGUACAAGGGGGACAGUGACCCUGCAGCUCUGCGGCAGCUGCUGGUGCAGCAGGGGAACUUCUCCGAGGACGUCAUCUCCCACAAAGGAGACCUGCGCUUCGUGACCAUGUCUGGGCAGAAGGUUCUGGAUGUGGAAGGAGCUGCUGGAGAUGCAGAAUCCCAACUGCUGAUGUCCAGGAAUGUGGUCAAGAGCAAGCUGGAGGAUGCGACGCAACGAUACACCGCGCUGCACUCCAAGUGCUCCAAGCUUGGCUCCCACCUGAACACCUUACUGGAUCACUACCAGCAGUUCCAGGAGGUGGCAGAGUCUCUCAGGACGUGGCUACAGCAGAGUGAAGAUGCUGUUGGGAAGCUGCUCUCAGAGCCAGUUUCUUCAGAUCCUGCUGUACUGCAGAAGCAACUCGCCAGCACAAAGCAACUGCAGGGAGACCUGGCUGAGCACCAGGUGCCAGUGGAGAAGCUGCAGAAAGCAGCUCGGUCCCUGCUGGAGGUGCAAGGGGAACCAGCCCCAGACCACAGGCACAUUCAGGAAACAACAGAUGCCAUUGUGAGCCGCUUCCAGAGCCUCUCCCAGCAGAUGUCUGAUCGCUCAGAUCUGCUGCAGAAAUCCAUUGCCCAGUCCCAGAGUGUCCAGGAGAGCCUGGAGAGCCUCCUCCAGUCAGUGGCUGAGAUUGAGAAGAACCUGGAGAGAGACCAGCCAGCCACACUCUCCUCCACCUCCAUCCAGGACUCGCUUGCCACGAGUGUGAAGCUGAAGCAGGACAUUGCCCGACAGAAGAGCUGCCUGGAAGCCACUCGUGAGAUGGUGACGCGGUUCAUGGAGGCAGCAGACAGCCCCACGGCCUCUGCCCUGCAGGACAAGCUGGCCCAGGUGACAGAGCACUUCGACAGGCUGUGCCAGCAGCAGAGGGAGCGGGAGGACACGCUCAAGGGUCUCCUCCCAAAGGUGGAGCAGUAUGAGCAGCUCUCAGAGAAGCUGCAGCAGUUCACGGAGAGCAGAACGCGGAUGUUGGCAUCCGGGAAUCAGCCCGACAGGGACAUCGCUCACUUCUCCCAGCACAUCCAGGAGCUGAAUUCAGAGAUGAGGCAGCACCAGGAGGACCUGGCCACCCUGGAGCACCUGGCUGCAGAGCUGAGCUCCUGUGGCUUUGCCCCUGGUGCCUUCCAGCAGCAGGAAAAGCUGCAGAGCCUGAAGAAAGACUUCCUGCAGCUGCAAAAGGUGGCAAAAGAGAGAGAAAAGGAUGCAUCGUCCUGCCAGGAGCAACUGGAUGAAUUUCGGAAUCUGGUUGGCGCCGUGAGGAAGUGGCUGAGGGAGAGUGAAGGCAAGAUGCCAUCUGCUGAGACCUCCCUGGGCACCCAGGAGCUGCAGCAGCGCAGGCAGCAGGUCCAGGAUCUCCUGGAAGAGUGGAAGGGGAAGGGGGCCCAGGUGGAGGAGAUUGGCCGCAGAGGGACCCUCCUGGAGAACCUGAUCGUGGAGAUUACAGCCCCCAACACCUCACCCAAGUCAGGUGCUGCGCUGCCCACGCCGGGAGGGUCAGUUGGCAGCGUGAACGGAUACCACACGUGCAAAGAUCUGACGGAGAUCCAGUGCGACGUGUCGGAUGUGAGCCGGCAGUACCAGGCCCUCGGCGCGGCGCUGCGCGAGCGCCAGCAGCAGCUCUCGGCGAUGCUGGAGAAGAUGCAGGAAGUUCAGGAGGAGGCCAACUCCAUGCUGAAGUGGCUGGAGUCAAAGGAACGGACACUAUCAGAGCUGGAUGCCUCCUCCUCACCCACCAAGACAGAGACAAUGAGAGCCCAAGCUGAGCACAACAAGGCAUUUCUGGCUGAAUUGGAACAGAAUUCUGGGAAGAUCCAGAAGGUAAAGGAAGCACUUUCUGGCUUGCUGGAGAAAUAUCCAGAUUCCCCAGAAGCAGCGAACUGGAAGAAGAUGCAGGAAGACCUAAAUUGCAGGUGGGAAAGAGCCAGCCAGGCCACGGCCGAGCGGCAGCAGAAGCUGGAGGAGUCAGUGAACCAGCUGGCCACGUUCCAGGCUGCUGAAGCUCAGCUGCGCCCUUGGCUCAUGGAGAAGGAGCUGAUGAUGAGCGUGCUGGGACCUCUCUCCAUUGACCCCAACAUGCUGAACGCUCAGAAGCAGCAGGUCCAGUUUAUGCUGAAGGAAUUUGAAGCUCGCAGACAACAGCAUGAGCAGCUCAACCAGGCAGCUCAGAGCAUCUUGACUGGCCCUGGAGAUGUUUCCCCAUCCACAAACCAGGUGCGGGAUGAACUCCAAGGGGUUAAUCAGAAAUGGUCUGAGCUGACAGAGCGUCUCAACUCCCGCUCCAGCCAAAUUGACCAAGCCAUAGUGAAGAGCACCCAGUACCAGGAGCUCCUCCAGGGCCUCUCAGAGAAGGUGAAGGCAGUUGGGCAGCGCCUGAGCAGCCAAUCUGCCAUCAGCACACAGCCUGAUGCUGUCAAACAGCAGCUGGAGGAAACCAGCGAGAUCCGCUCGGACCUGGAGCAGCUGGAAGAGGAGAUCACAGAGGCUCAGACCCUCUGUGAUGACCUCUCCGUCCUGAUUGGGGAGCAGUACCUCAAAGAUGAGUUGAGAAAACGUCUGGAGACGGUGGCACUUCCUCUCAAAGGGCUGGAAGACCUGGCAGCCGACCGGAUGAACCGACUGCAGACCGCGCUCGCCAGUUCCCAGCAGUUCCAGCAUAUGUUUGAUGAACUCAGGACCUGGCUGGAUGACAAACUGUGCCAGCAAGCUCAGAGCCAACCCAUUUCUGCCAAACUGGAGAGGCUUCAGAGCCAAAUUCAGGAGCAAGAAGAGUUCCAGAAGAGCCUCAACCAACACAGUGGCUCCUACGAGAUGAUCGUAGCCGAGGGAGAAUCUUUGCUGCUUUCGGUCCAGCCUGGGGAGGAGAAGACCACUCUGCAAAACCAGUUGGUUGGCCUGAAAACACACUGGGAAGAGCUCAGCAAACAGGCUGCUGAUAGACACUCUAAGCUCAAGGACUGCUUGCAGAAAGCUCAGAAGUACCAGCGGCACACGGAGGACCUCCUACCAUGGGUGGAGGACUGCAAGGCAAAGAUGUCAGAGCUGGAAGUAACUCUGGACCCAGUGCAGCUGGAGGCAACUCUUCUGAGGUCAAAGGCCAUGCUGAGUGACGUGGAGAAGCGCCGGUCCUUGCUGGAGAUGCUGAACAGUGCUGCUGACAUCCUGAUUGAUGCCUCCCAAACAGAUGAGGAUGACAUCCGGGAUGAGAAGGCUGGCAUCAAUCAGAAGAUGGAUGCCAUCACAGAAGAGCUGCAAGCCAAGACUGGCUCCAUUGAAGAAAUGUCCCAGAGGCUCAAGGAGUUUCAAGAGAGCUUCAAGAACAUUGAGAAGAAGCUGGAAGGGGCAAAGCAUCAGCUGGAGAUCUAUGAUGCCUUAGGGCCUCAAGCCUGCAGCAACAAGAAUUUGGAGAAGCUCAGGACACAGCAGGAGGUUCUGCAGGCCCUGGAGCCACAAGUGGAUUAUCUGAAAAACUUAACUCAAGGUCUGGUAGAAGAUGCACCGGAUGGAUCCGACUGUUCCCAGCUCCUAAGCCAAGCUGAGGUGGCUCAGCAGGACUUCAAAGCUGUGAAGCAGAAAGUGAAUGACUGCUGUGCUCUCAUGGAAAACAAGCUGGAAGGGAUCAGCCAGUUCAAUAAUCGAGUCAGGGAGAUGUUCUCUCAACUGGCAGAUCUGGAUGAUGAGCUGGACAGCAUGGGCCCCAUCGGGAGAGACUCCGACAGCCUCCAGUCGCAGGCGGAGGACGUCCGCGCCUUCCUGGGCAAACUCCACGGGCUCAAGUCCGACAUCGAAGCUUCUGAGAGGGAAUGUAAGAAGAUGCUGGAGGAUGAAGGAAGCCCUGAUUUGUUAGGACUCAAAAGAGAGUUGGAAACACUGAACAAACAAUGCAGCAAACUGACAGAGAGAGGCAAGAACCGCCAGGAGCAGGUGGAAACGACGUUGUCGCGUGUGGAGGACUUCUACAGCCGCCUGAAGGAGCUGACCCACAUGACAACCGCGGCCGAGGACAACGAGGCGCUGCAGUGGGUGGUGGGAACGGAGGUGGAAACCAUCAGCCAGCAGCUGGCAGACUUCAAG